AUGAAACAAAAAAUUUUUUAUAUUUUGGCUUUGAUACAUUUAUUUUUUGAAGAUGUCUUAGCAUAUGGAUAUCAAUUAAGCUCAGCAAAAUGGAUUCAAAAAGGAAAGCCUUCUAUCGCAAGCGGAGACACUGAUGGAUGGUCUCUUUCAUCAACAAAUGCAUAUUAUAGAACAUGCGUUGGAACUGUUACUGAGUUACUAAAUAGAGAUUUAUUUGUUUUAAGAUCUGGAUAUAAAAUCUCUAAAACUUAUACUAAUCUUCCUCCACACUGGUCAGUUGGAAUUAGAUUUGAUUUAGUAAUUGCUUCUUCAGCAUAAGGCUGCUUAAGUAUAGAGGGAUCUGUGUAGCCUUGCUAUAAAUAUUAUUCCUACACUAAUUCUUACAAUGUUUGCACAAACAGAGUAGAAAAUUUUUAGAGAGUGUAUACAAAUUCUACUUCACAUUCUUCGCCGACUUUAAAUCUUGAACUGCAAGCCUUAUCAGGUGAUUUAAUUUUAGGCAUGGUUGAAAUCUACCUUGAUGUGUGUCAUAGCUCUUGUCUUAAAUGUAAUGGACCCACUGAUAGUUAAUGUACAUAAUGUGAUCCUAGUUGCUCUACUGUGACAAGUGGUAAAUGUAAGUGCCCUACUGGAAAGUAUAUGCUAGAUGGGAAAUGCUAUAAUCCAUGUCCUCCUGGUUAUGUAUAAAACCCAGAUACUACUUAGCAAACAUGUGUUAUUGAUUAUUGCUCUUCAGAACCAUAAAAUGUCUAUUGCUUAACUUGCAAGACCUCAAUAUAUUGUUAAAAAUGCAAAAUAGGAUAUUUUUUUUACCGAGGUUCAUGUGUCAGCGAAUGUCCUCCUGAAGCACCAAAAGACAGCACUGGAUAAUGUAAAGACCCUACUGUAGGAAAAUGGAAUGCUAAAUAUUUAGUCUAUGAGUUGUUUUCUAAAUAGUUUAGUGAUUCAGAAAUAACAGGUGCUAAUUUUUAAAUUAGUGCACCAGGAAAAUUUUAUGGCGGACCUACUUGGACUAAAUUUAGUGAUUGUGGAGAUUACAGAUUUUUUGCUGGGUACAAUGUUUAUGGACCUGGAUCAUAAAUUUACUAUUAAUUUACUUUGCCUGCAGGUGCUAAAUAUAGCUCUUUUUUAAUUUCUUUCUUGUUUGGUCAAAUUGAUAAUUACGAGAGUGGUGAAUAUGUUAAUUUUAUUAUCAAAAAUAGUGCUGGAUAAGAAAUCAAAAAAUAAUCUAUUACUGGUAAUGGAAAAAAUUUAAUUUGCGGAAGAACUGAUCAACAAGAAUUGUUUUAAUAUCAAUAUAUUAAUGUGACUACCACAACUCCUGAUACUUAUAGUUUAACAAUAACCAACUCAUUAGGUUAAAUAGAAAAUGAAAGUUUUGGAAUGAGAGAGUUUAUUGUCAUUGUUGAUUAUUGCAUUGAAAAUUGUAUAAAAUGUCAAGACUCAGCUGGAUGUGUUUAAUGCGAUGCUGGUUAUUACCUUUUCAAUUCUCAGUGCUAUAAAGAUCGCUGUCCAGAUGGUUCUUUUGAAGAUAAAUCUAACCCUACUCCUAGAUAUUGCUCCUCUUGUCAUAUAUCUUGUAAAACUUGCACAGGAAGUUCUUCGAAUAAUUGUUUAACUUGCUUUGAUGGAAUUUAUCUCAGAAAAAAUAGCUGUGUUGCUAAUUGUGGAAAUCAAUUCUAUCCUACUUCAUUAACUUGCACUGAUUGCCAGAAUCUUAUAUGUAAUCCUUGCUAUUAGCCUUGUUUGAGAUGCACAGGUGGAAGUUAUAACCAAUGUUAAGCUUGCAUAAGUGGAUAUUUCCUAGAUAUUGAUAAAAGUGAAUGUGUUUCUGUUUGUUAAGAUAAAUUUUAUCCUAAUUCUUCCACUAACACAUGUGAUCCAUGUGAUGUUGAGUGCUUUAAUUGCCAAGGUCCUAAUAACAACUAAUGCAUUUAAUGUGAAAAUCCUAGGUUCUUACUAGGAAAUGAAUGCAAACUCAACUGUCCAUCUGGCUAUUAUGGAAACAAAAAAAAUUGGUAAUGUGAACCUUGUAUCUCUCCAUGUGCAGAAUGCAUAGAUUAAGCAACUAAAUGCACAAAAUGCAAUAAUCCUACUCUUUAUUUAGAUGAUUUUUAGUGUGUUGUAAAUUGCUAAAAUAAGAAAUAUAAAGACGAUGCCACGAUGAGGUGUGAAAAAUGCAAUAUUUAAUGUGGUAACUGCAGUGGACCUUUCUCAAAUUAAUGUACUUCAUGUGAUCUUGAGGAUGGAUUUUUAUUAGAUACAACAUGUGUUUAAGAUUGUGGAGAUGGUUACUUCCCAGUUUCUGAUCCUUCUUAUGUCUGUACAAAGUGCCAUAAAAGUUGUAAAACAUGUAAAAAUCCAGGCGAUAAUUUAAGUUGUACUUCUUGUAACAAUUAAUAUCUUAAUCCAUAAGGCUAAUGUUUAGACACUUGUCCUAUAGGUUAUUACUAAGACCCAGCCAUUUAUCAAUGUAAAAAAUGUCAUGAAACAUGUGAAACUUGCUCAGAUUAAUAUAGUAUCAGCUGUUUAACUUGUAUUCCAGGAAGAUAUUAUUUAAAUGGACUUUGUGUAACAACAUGUCCAAGUAAUACUUUUCCAUUAGAAUUAAAAGGUUGUUAACCUUGUCAUCCAUCAUGCGCAACAUGCAACGGUUAUUUACCACAAAACUGCUUAUCCUGUAAAUUAGGAAACUAUCUGUAAAAUGGAACUUGUGUAGAAACUUGUUCAGCUGGCUAUUAUGGAAAUAUUGAAACUGGUUUAUGCAGCUAAUGUCAUCCUAACUGUGCUUCCUGUUUCGGAAAAGAAGUUAAUGAAUGCUCGAAAUGUAAUAAAGGCUUCUCUAUUAGUGGUACUACUUGUGGUACUAAAUGUCCAGAUGGAUAAUAUUAAGACAACAAUCUUAAUUCUUGCCUAAACUGUCAUUUCGAAUGCUUCACUUGUGGAGGUCCAGAAAAAAAUGAUUGCACAGGCUGCAAAGGAGAAAGGUACUUAGACAAAUAACUCUUUGUUUGUAAUUCUUCUUGCCCAGAGAAGACAUAUAAAGGAGAGAACAACACCUGCUAGCCAUGCCAUCCCAGUUGCUUUGGGUGCUAAGGACCAAGCCAGAACGAUUGCAUUAAAUGUAGCUAAGGCAGCUAUUUGUAUUAAAAUUAAUGCGUUCUUGCUUGUCCUGAUGGAUACUUUCCAACUGAAUAGCCAUUUUUAUGCAAUAAAUGUCAUGAGUCUUGUGCUUAAUGCUAAUUUGGAUCUCAAGACAGUGACUGUGUUUCAUGUAAUGGAAACUAUUAUUUGGAUGGGACAAAAUGUGUGGAAAUAUGCCCUAAAAGUACUUUUGGCAGUUAAAAUCCAAAUUAGUGUCUGCCUUGUAAUCCAUCAUGCGCAGAAUGCUCUGGCCCAAAUUUCAAUCAGUGCACUGCUUGUUAAGAUAAUACUUACAUGUUUGAAAAUAUAUGCUAAACUGAAUGUCCUAAUGGAUAUCAACCUUCACCAAUUAAGAAGGAAUGCAUUAGAUGUGAAGGAAGCUGCAAAGCAUGCUCUGUAUAGGAUCCAGCUAUUUGUCUCUCUUGCGAAAAAGGAACUUACCUUCAUCAGAAUAAAUGUAUCAAAUUGUGUCCUGAUGGAACUUAUCAAGGAAUUCCAGCUAUUACCAAUCCUGAUAGAGUCUUAACUAAAAUAGAUACCGAGUAAAGUGAAAUUGAAUCUGAAGAAAUUUGCCUAAAUUGUGCAUCCGAUUGCAGAUAAUGUUCAGGUAGCUUUAAGUAAGAUUGUACACAGUGGUUUGACGAAAGAGAAGUCAACUACGCAGAAUAUAUUAUUUUCUGGAUAUUCUUUGGAAAGACAGUAUUUUGUUUCUUGAGUUUGAUUGCUGGUUUUUACUUAGAUUACAGAGAAGAAGUGAGUGAACAGGAAAAACUAAAUAGCCUAACAAGUAAUAGUCCAGAGGAAGAAAAAUAAAGGAUGAUUUAGUAAAAUAAUGCCAAAAUUUAUCCCUAAAAUAGACAUUAACCCUAACCUGCGAGUGGCCUUCUAAAAGUAUUAGCACAUCCAUAAGAUAAAGAUAAUAAUUUAAAUGAGAUAGAAACAGUAAAAAGCUACGAAGAAAAAGAAAGUCCUCUAGUUGAUGAAAAGGAUUUGAUUAAAACAUAGAAUUCAAGGAAGAGACAAAGACUAUAAUUAAAUUUGUUCUGUGAUAACUCUCUUCAAUUUAAUUAUGUAAAUAAAAACACAGGAAUGAACUCAAAAAAUGAUAAAUCUAAAGGAAUUGAAGAAGACAUUUCUUUCCAAUAAAGCAAAACCUAAAACCAAUAAAAAUUUAAAACAUAAAUGUCAUAAAGUGAUAAUUAGAUUUAAAAUAAAAAUGAUAAUAUGAAAAUAGAAUAAAAAUCCCCUUUAAUGGCAUUUAUAACUUUCUUUGAAAUAACCUAAAUGUUUGUUUACAAAAACAUCGCUUAUAUGAGACCUGUCAGAGUUUUAGUUUAUUACUGCAAACUUCUAUUUAUCUUCUUUAUUACAUCUAACAUUUCAAAUAAUCAAUAUUAUCUGAUAGCAUUUUCGAUGCUUGGACUUCUGCUUACUGUCAAAUUAAUUAAUUAUGGUAUUAUUUAUUUAGGAGUUAGAUUUUAGUAACUGACAAUGCUAUCUUUUACAGCUUUUAUAGUGAUAGUAUUUUUCCAUUUAAAAGCAUUCAUGUUCCCUGAAAUAGCUAGAAUAUCUUUCCCUCAAGAUAAAUCUUGGAGCAAUCUCUACUUCUACACUUUCUUGGCAGAUCUAGGGUUAUUCUAAAUAGUUUAUUUAAUUAUUUAGAUUAUCAUUACUUAUGAUUUCUCUUCUAGACUCAUCAUUAAAUAUGAUUGCUUCCAUAAAAUAUUAAAAAUUCUCUUCUUUAAUGAUUUGUUGAAAAAAUGGCUAGAUGAAAACCACUCGUGA